GCAACGCGAGCUUGCCGUAUCGGUGCUAACUUUACUUUCCCUGCAGUCAUCGUCGUCCAUCAUGGAGCCACCUCUGUUGCCACGCGAGUCUGGGCAGUUCAUAGCAGAGCGGAGUCGGGACGUGUUCGUCGAAGAGGAAGGAGUGCAGAAGGUGGCGGAGAUGCUCUACAACCUCCGACACAGUGAGGAUCUGACCGCCGGCGGCUGGAAGAAGGCGAACCCAUUAGCUCCAGCACCCACCUCUGACCAGGCCUUGAACUGGGUGUUUGUGGUCGACACCUUGAACUUCUCCUUUUGGCCCGAGGAAGAAAGUCAACAGUGUGAGGUGACCUACGAAGGGACCACUUACACGGGCUACAUGACCCUGUGUGCUGCCAUCACCAGGGCCAUGAAGGAAGGUUUACAGAUCACUGAUCCAAAGUACUUCUCCCAGAUGAGUGUGGAGGAGUUGGGACAUGUCCUGCGAUCAGACAAUGACACACCUGUGCCCAUGCUUCAGGAGCGCCACCAGGUGCUCACUGAAGGCGGCCGCGUGCUGCAGGAUCACGGCGGAAGCUUCCGGAGUUUCAUCAGCCCGGCCGGGAAUGACGCCCGGAAGAUGGUGGAGCUCAUCGUGGAGAAGAUCCCUUCCUACAGGGACACGGCUCAGUAUGAGGGGAAGAGAAUCUCGUUCUACAAGCGAGCCCAGAUCCUGGUGGCAGAUUUCUGGGGUGUCAUGGAGGCCAGAGGCGAGGGUGACAUCAUUGACAUGGACUGGCUCACCAUGUUUGCAGACUACCGGGUCCCUCAGGCUCUCGUCUACCUCGGAGCACUACGGUACACCGACGCACUGAUGCAGGCGCUGGACAACGGGGAGCUGCUGAGGUCAGGGGACAGGAGAGAGGUCGAGAUCCGAGGUUGUUCGAUUUGGUCUGUGGAGCUGAUCAGAGAUCGCCUUCGCAAGCUGGUGCACGAGAGAGACGGACAGACCUGCAACAUCAACUCCGCAGUCAUUGACUUCUACCUGUGGCCGUAUGCCAAGCGGCACCACAAAGAGAUGGCCCACAUUCCAAUACACCACACACGUUGUAUUUACUACUGACGAGCUUGCUGGCAUCAUUACGUGCAGCCGGCUGCACUUCUCAGCGUGCAGCCUUGGCAUCUGUGCCUUUCCCUGAGAUAAAGCCAAUUCAACACUCUGUGUACAAAUGGGCUGGAAUAGAAACAGUCGUCAAGCUUUAAUGCAGCCUGUUGGUUUAAGUGGGUACUAACACUCCAUUGGCAGUCAAUUAAGAUGUUUACUGUUGUUGAUGAUGAACAUUGAAUGAAGAGCAAAUGAGCAGACAAUAUAUACAAUGUAUGUGAGCACACAAUGAUGGACACAUUGGUGUAUCAGCAUUGGAUUGAGCUGGUGAACUCAGCAAUCAGGGGAUAUAAAAUAUUUGUAAAUUA